AUGGUAACCCCGCAGCUGGUUCGGAUUACACUUUCGGACGAGGAACGCGCUACCAAGAAGCUCUCUUCUCAUAACCUCCAAGCAGCUCUUGAAGGCCUUCAUCGAGAUGGCGUUUGUGUUAUCACCAAUGGCGUUGACCCUGCCCAUCUCGACAAACUGAACGAGCGCAUGGUCCCUGAGGCCAAAACUCUAUAUGCCAACCCGCAAACCCACCGCAACUUUGGCUCCCGCACAGGAAAUAUCCAGCAAGAGCCAGUCGUCGACCCGAACUACAUGUUUGAGGAUGUCAUUGCAAACCCCUGGGCAACUGCUAUCACCGAAUGCAUGCUGGGGCCAAACCCACACCUACGUUUCUAUAGCGCCAACACGGCCUUCAAAGCCGAGGACCGGCAACCAGUGCAUGUCGACGUGCACUUUGACUUUCCCAAGAUCCCGUUUGGACUAUGUAUCAAUGUAAAUCUGGUGGCAACCUCCCCGGAGAAUGGCGCCACCGAGCUCUGGCCUGGUAGCCACCGGGACGCCGAUCCUCGGGACAGUGACGACACGGGUGUGAUUCCGGAGAUCGUUGAGGCUCGCCGCAAGAUAUCUCCCCCAGUGCAGCCAUCUCUACCGAAGGGAGCUAUCAUUAUUCGGGACUUCCGGCUGUGGCAUGCAGGCAUGCCGAACCGCACAGAUGACCCGCGUGUUAUGCUCGUCACGAUUCAUUUCCCGGCGUGGUACCGUUCAGACUUGAAGGUCAUACUACCUCGGAGCUUACAAGGGAAGAAAGAGAAUACAGGGAAUCCUAAUAGAAAGAUUUGCUCGGCUGGGCUCCGAUUGGAUGAUAUCGAAGUCAUGCUCCACGCAGCAACGGCAGCCAAUCAGGCCUGUUCCAGAUUGCCGCGCGGGUUGCCAAGAGCGGGUGAUCUCAGCGAGGCUGCCCCAUCUUAUAUUACCAGACAAGCCACCUCUGUCAUCUCCCAUCGAGGUACCAACCGAUUAGUAUCAGGCAACACUUCUAGAAAGAAAAAAAAAGCGUCGAAAAUGGCGCGCACGCUGGCCGAGGACGACGCCAUCCCCAACGGCUGGCGGACUCGCCAACCAGGCUGGACCAUCUGGCUGCUUAUAUCAACCAUCCGAGUCUCACUAGUGUCUCUACUCCUUGGCAUUUACUACAUAAUACCCUCUUUCAGACAGAGUCCGACAUGGACAUAUCGCCAAGCAUUCACCACCCGUUUCACAAAGCUAGCCAUGACCAUCAUUCGCGAGCUCGGCUACGCGCAGUCCCUGAGCCUAGAGUCAAGAAAGCUGGGCAGUCGAUGGGUCCUCAUGAACCCAGCCCCGGAAGACUCGUAUCGCGGUGCUUUCACAAGCGACACUAUCAAACCUGAAACCAUCGGCGGGACAUGGUAUCCCUCUCCUCCACCUAAGACCUUGCCACCAAUCAUCGACAUCAAGGACGAUGAUCAAGAGCAAGAAACAGAUGACGAGAAGAGCCUCGUCAUCCUAUCAUUCCACGGCAGCGCAUUCCUCUGGCUAACUGGCCGGCCCGAUGACUCCGGCUUCACAGCCGACCUACUCAACGAGAAGCUGGGUACAGGUACCCGGUCGCUGUGGGUGCAGUACCGGCUAGCAGGUGGCAACAAUCCAACCCCUUACCCGGGGCCCAUGCAAGACGCCAUGACCUCAUAUCUCUACCUUGUUCGAGAACUGAACAUCUCGCCGUCCCGCAUCGUGCUCGUCGGCGACUCAUCCGGAGCUACCAUGGUCAUGGCUCUAUUGCGCCACCUCGCCUCGUUCCAGCAGGAGAGCGGCCAUGAGCUUGCAGAGCUGCCACCGCCUCGGGCGUGCCUUCUGUUCUCACCCUCGUUGGAGUACAGCUUCGAGGGUGACUCGCAGGCUGUCAACGCCCAUCGGAAUCAGCGGACUGACUACUGUGAUGGGGAGAUGGCCGCGUGGGGAGCGCGUGCGUUUGCUCCGCCGGAGUCAGUCCGUCUGGAUGAUCCGUACCUGUCGCCGGCGCUGCAUCCCUUUGCGACGCCUGUUCCGAUCUUCGCGCAGGUCGGGGGUGCUGAAAUGCUGUGUGAUAGUGUCAGGGGGUUUGCGGAUGCGAUGCGGGCUGUCCCGGGCAAUAAUGUCGAGUACCUGGAAAUGCCAGGCUUGCCGCAUGAUAUCUAUAUGAUGGGACAUAUUCUUGGGUGGCAGGAGGAGCAGGAGGAGAUGAUAGAGGCAGCUGCGCGGUUUGUUGGUGGAGUCUAG